AAACUUGUACGUUUAAUCGUACUAGUUGGUCGUUGACGGUAUCACGAGUGGCACUUUUGUUCCUGUCCUCUCGUCGCCUCCGCCGCCGUAUCGUACGAGAGAAGAGAACCUGCUCGGGUCCGAGAGAAUACCAUUUCGCCGCCACCGCCGACACCGCGUACUUUACCGGAAACCAUCACGAUCUUACGAGAGGAAACGUAUCGCGAAGGGGUCGUGAUCUAUAAAGACGAGGUAGAAACAAUUUUCCCUAUGAACGCGACCGCGAUCGGUCAUUACGAUUAAUGUGACAACGAAAACAAUUUAAGCAAAAAAUAAAAAAAUUCGAGUUUAAUUCUCAACAAUGAGCCGUUCCUCCGUUCUUCGCGCGUAUAUAGCGGCGACCUUCCGAAACUCACACCACCCGAAAACUCGACAUUUUUUAAUCCAGCAUUGACCAUUAUUGACCAAAAAAAUACAAUAUUCUCGGGCCGAUGUGUGUGUGUGUGUGUUAUAUACGCAGAUUCUUUGGGGACACAAUGGCGAAUCGAAAAAUUGGAAUUUACUUAACGACGGCCUUACUCGUAACGAGCUGUGGAAUUUCGUCAUUGGAAGGCCUCGAACGAGGCUCCAAACAGUUUGAAGAUGCUUCGUUUUGGUUGAAAUCAGGACAAGAGAAUCUCGAGAGAAUAUUGGCGAUGAGGAAGAACGAGAGGAGAGCAAAGAACAUAAUAAUUUUCAUCGGUGAUGGUAUGGGGAUGGCGAGCAUAACGACCGGUAGAAUAUUCACGGGGCAGGCGAUGGGACAAACCGGCGAGGAGUAUAAAUUGGCCUUCGAAACCUUUCCAAAUUCCGCGUUUUCCAAGACGUACAACGUGGACAAACAAGUGCCGGACUCGGCUGGAACGGCAACCGCAAUGUUCACCGGCGUUAAAUCCCGUUACAAAGUUAUUGGUUUCGAUGGCAAGGUAAAUUACGACGAUUGUGACAAGGUCCUCAACGAAGCGAGCAAAAUUUCGUCCGUGGCGAAUUGGGCCCAGGCCACCGGAAUGGAUACGGGUUUUGUCACGACGACGAGAAUAACUCACGCUACUCCAGCUGCGCUGUACGCACACGUAAAUAAUCGUGAUUGGGAAUGCGAUUCGGCGAUUCCACUGGCCCAUCGUGACUGUAUCAAGGACAUUGCUCGUCAACUCGUCGAGGACGCACCGGGAAAUCGUUUCAAGGUUAUAAUGGGUGGCGGUGGACAAAAUAUGGGUGUACCGAUGAACGGUCCUGUCGAUUCGGAAUCAUGCACGCGAAGGGAUCGCAAAAAUUUGGCCGCAUUUUGGGAAAAAAAUAAUCCAAAAGGGAAAUUCGUUAACACGAGCGCGGAUCUCAUGUCCCUCGAUAUAGGAAAAACUGAGAGCAUCCUCGGUAUAUUCUCACAGAGUCACAUGCCUUAUCACGCUUUGAGAACUUCCGAAACACCCACUCUAGCGAACAUGACGAUGCAAGCGAUAAGAUUGUUGAAAAAAUAUGAUAAAGGAUUUCUUCUCAUGGUCGAAAGUGGCAAAAUCGACAUCGCUCAUCAUCAGAAUUAUGCAAAAUUGGCGCUGCGGGAAGUAACCGCCCUUGAAGAAGCGGUCAAAGCUGCUCUCAGUCAAGUUGAUACGAAGGAAACGUUGAUCAUCGUAACGGCUGAUCAUUCUCACGCCUUCACGAUGAACGGGUAUCCCAGUAGAGGAAACGACAUUCUCGGAUUUGCCAAUGAUUUGUACGUCCCCGGUAGGAAACCCUACGAGACCCUGACUUACGCCAAUGGUCCUGGAUUUUUUCAUCACCGUAACAACGCCAGUACGAAUAUCAAUGAGACCUGGAUACCCGUAGAGAAUGAGACCGAUCGAGCGGAUCCUUUUUAUCGCAGCUUGGCUACUUUUUAUCUCAAGGACGAGACGCACGGGGGCGAAGACGUCGGUGUUUAUGCCAUUGGACCGUGGUCUCAUCUGUUUCGUGGAACAUUUGAGCAAAAUUAUAUAGCCCAUGUGAUCGCGUACGCGGGAUGCUUCAAAGAUUGGCCGUCUCAUUGCAACAGCCCGUACAACAGAUACUUUUACGAGCUAACCAAUUCUUCCGGGACGAAUUACUCCGUAUUUUCUCUUUAUCUCUCUCUCCUUGCUGCUGCCGGUGUUGCAUCAUCGAUCGCUCUUAUCGCCAAUUCCCGACUCACUUGAUCCACCGCCCUGCUGUUGCAUCCUCAUCCCGAUCCGACAUUCCAUGUCUUUUUUGUUUUUUGUUUUUUGUUUUUUUUUUUUUUUUUUUUUUUUUUUCUAUCAAAAGCGACGUAAUUUAUGCGUUUAUGUUUUUUGGUGGCCAAAGAUAUUAAGAUUUUAUAGAAUAUUAUGUUCUUCUCGGGCGAGGGAGAGCGUUGACGCGAUUUUCAUCGGCACCGGUUAUUUUUCAAUGCAUAUGCAGCGUUUCAAAUUGGCGGAAUCAUUUUCAUCCGUGAUUCAUCUCACCGGCACUUUUGCAUUUAUAUUAUAUUUAUAUUUUUCGAAGCAUUCGAAAAUUGGCCGUUAUUCGUUAUUGGAGCGUAUAUGCGAGCAGGUUCGUUAACGACGAGUUGCUAGGUAUACGCUCGUUAACGGUGCGCUAAAAGUUUCGGGCGAAAUGAGAUGGAGAUGAAAAAAUAAUGAUAAAGUUACGAGCUCCGUUGUUGUACCCCUCGCCGCGUAUACUAACUCGAGACACCGCCGCUGCGACGCGCGGCACACCGCGCCAAAAUAUAUAGCCACAAAAUUCUUAUAUAUACUCAUAAAACACGCGGUACAAAACAAGUUGUGAUUAUUUCGUUAUAACUAACGCUUUGAUCUUGUAAAUUUUGUACAUUCCACAUGCGUUUGUCGUUUCUAGCCGCAUACACCGAAAGAGAGAGAGAGAGAGAGAGAGAGCAAGUGUGAUAAUAUAGAAAAAAUGUUGAUAUAGUAAUACAACGAUGAAGCACGAAUGAACGCGAAUAUAGUUAAUAAUGGCGGAGGGGGUUGGCGAAUGCGCGCAUUAUUAACAAACGAAUUAAAUUAUUCACGCAGGUAUAUCGCCUGUAUAUACCCGUUCGCGUAUGUUAAAUUUCCAGUAUAUCGUUCGUAACGCUGAUUAUAUUAACGAGCCCAUAUCUUAUAUACAUGUAUGCACAUACGUUUAAUACAGAUAAGUAGCAAUAUUA